AGAGGAGCAGUAAUUAACCUUACGAAGAGGGAAGAGGAGUGUUGAAAUGCCAUUCGGAGAGCCACUGCCUGAACAAAGACCUGAGGAACUGUGACUGGGAAAACUGCAGAGUGUUCCAAAACGCUACAACACAAAAAGCUGUGCAAGAUGGGGCUGGAGAAAUAAUACCUAGGAGCCGUGCCACUCAGGAGUCUUACAGGAUGGUUUCAGAAUUUCGAAUUUUAUCCUAAGACGCGGUUUACGAUUAGAUGAUCUCUUGGCUAUCUGAUUGGCAGAUACGUUUUGCUGUGUUUUUUGGCCAGCCGGAUGUUUUUCUGUUUGGGUUUUUUUUUUUUUUUUUUUUGAAGGUGAGGCGUGCACUCUCAGAUUAGUCAGAGGCCGCCUUUCCCUGUUGCCCUCACACACAUGUACAAGUUUUUGACCCCUAGGGAAGGGGAGUUUGCAACUUUUUCUGGAGGAUUAUUAGAUUUUGUACUAAAAUAGCACUAAAGAGAAGACUCCGGAGAGCGAACGGAGAGGGCGGCGCCGACAACCCAACAGGAACAAUGCAGGCAGAGUCCGUUCUGGGGAGGGCGGGGAAGGGGAGGAGCGAGGCGCCUCAGCGACCUACUGCGCAUGACCGCCCCUGGUUGCCAAGGCAGCGGGAAGGCGUUGCCCGGAAGCGUUUCCUUACGGAACGGUCAGCUCCAAAACCCAUCCCCCAGGGGUUCAGGACUGACUAGUUCCUGAGGCAAUCCUGACCACCGCAAAGCAGAUGAGGAGCAGAGCCUGAUGCAAUGUGAUGGCCAUCCGCCUAGAAGCCCGAGGAUUCAGAGAAGCAGGGGAAAUUGACCCAGACAGACGUCGGGACUAUGGCAGACUUUUCUAAGGAGACCUAUGAGUCCUUUACUGAUGAGGCACAGAGUUCCAGUUCAUUCAGUUCCUCUGGAGGACUGCAGCCCUGGUCCUAUGCCUCUGGGAGUAAAUACGAGAGUGGAACGCCGACUCCACGCUUGCAAUAUGGAGACAACCAAUCUGAGUUUUCACACUUCAAAAAUAAUGAAAAGAAGUGGAGCAGAAAAUGGAUCAACAACCUCAAGGGCAAGGAAAUGAACUCUGGACAGUACCAACCAGACACUAAACUUGAAACAGAAAUCACUCAGGCAUCCCCUGAAGAAUUGAAUGCCCUGCAGUCUUUCUGCACCGUUAAGAUAAACCUGAUCCAUCAUAGUGCGACCUCUAAGGGGAAAAAGAGCAGCGGACAUAAAAAGCUGCAGCUUGGAUCGGAUGCAGAGGCUCCAGAGGUAGAUGCCUUAAACUGUACUGUCCCCGAUGAGCUUCUGAACAGAAUCUAUUUUAAAAACAUGAGGACAACACCCAACGAGGUGGUAACAGCUAAGCAACACAUUUCUUCUCGGUGUCCCAACUGUAACAGGAAAAGAGCAGAACUGGCCCAAUCUGCCUUCCUGAAACAGAAGAAGACUUUACUGGAGUCACUUCUACUCCAAGAGAAAAUAGAUGAAGAUCUUCAUAUGAAAGACUUUCUUACCCUUAUUGGAGAAAUACAUCAGAGCCUUCCCAGGCUUUCCGAUGACCCCAGAAUAAUCUGGGAAAGACUGAAGGAGAAAAGUCAAAUUGGUUACUCUGGUUUUGAAAGGUCAGAUACAAAGCAGGAGAUGUAGCAGAAUGGAAAUAGUGCUUGUCAUCGCCUUUUUGUCCGCCAAUUUUCAAACCUCUUACUCUUAACUAAACAAGGGAUGGUGUUUAUUAAUGAUAAUGUGUAAUGUAUAUAAAUGUUUUGUUGUGUAUUUGAAUAAUUAUCAUCAUUUCUGUAAUAGGAGCAGAGCAUUUGGCCUGACCGUUAGCACGACCGUUAUCGCGAGACCCUGAGCCAACAGUCAGCUCGCAGUAGUGCUCGCGGCAGAGAGUGUGGUGAGAGGUGAGAGGCGGUUGCAGGGCCUGGGACAGGCUGAGGGCCGGGUCCCGCAGAGCCGCAGAGCCCCAGAGCCCUCACCGCAGCCGCCCGCUAGCCAGGCCCAGACCUUGAAGCAGCGAAGCAGCAGCGAACCCCUCCCCCAUCCCAACGUCUGCAACCUAAUGGCGCGGGCGGUCUUCAUGGGUCGCAGUCUGUGGAGGCCUCAGCAACUGGAGUAUAUGGACACUGCCGUUGAGGUAACAGCUUCAACCUGCUUCAGUCUCUCCAUUCAAGUUUCAAAAGUUGGUGCAGCUUAGAUCAGUUGUCUCCCCCUAGGAGGUGGCCAGAGGCCAGGGUUAAGUUGCACGGACAUUGCAGGUCAUUAGUUCAGGUCCACCUCUGUGGUUGGGCUCUUCUCAAAGAAGGGCAAUUGCUGUGAGCUGGGGAUUCACCUGAUGGGCAUUUGCUACAACAUGUAUUCCUGUCGAUCGUAUACAAAUGAUUCUCUCCAGGUUAAAUGAAAAGCCUGAGGGCCGGCUUGGGUCCGGGCCGGCUGGGUCCUGGCCGCCCGGCUCCCUCAUUGAUGAUGGCUGGGCAGAGUCUGGGGACCUGGCCCUGAGGGCGCUGCCAGCUGAGAUCUGCCCCCUCACCCAGGUCUGGGCGCUGGCGGGAGGACUCAGACUGGGUGCUGGAUGAAAGCUCCUGGGCAGGGUAACUGGCCCGCGCAGGGACCCCCUCCUGUAAGCCAGGGCCUGGACCUCGGAGGGUGAAAGUUGAGCCUUGGGACCUUGCCCUUUCUCGUCAGAACAGAGAAUAACAUUUGUUUCGAUGGAGGUUUAUAAGAACACAGUGACCUGGCCUCAAGAACAAAGGAUCUAACACCAAGAAGUUUGUAACAACUAACCAUGCCCCUCCCUAUAAAAGGGCUUUGCUGAAAGCUUUCCAGGUGUCCAGGGUUUUUAAGGCACGAGCCACCAGUCUCCUUGCAUGGCCCUGCAAUAAACCUUUCUCUGCUCCAAACUCCGACGUUUCGGUAUUGUUUGGCCUCAGUGUGUGCUGGGCACUCGGACUUGCGUUCGAUAGUAUUUCUACAGGUACUCUGGAAACUUAAGAGUUUACUGUGCUUCCUUCACAGAUUUGAGGACUAAAGACUUUCCACCCAGUAUUUUUUCAGAUUCUAGAGGGCAACAUUUUAUAGUUGGAAUAGUUACAAAGUUUUUAUAACAAUGCAGGAGAGAGAUGCUGGCAAUUUGGACUAGGGUUUUGACAGUACAGAUAGAAAUAGAGAUCUAAGAAGUACUUAGGAGGUAAUAAUUGACAUUCUUAGGUGAAGAAAUGGAUAUGGGGGGUUAAUAAAAGGUAAAUGUUAAGAAUGGGCUUCCCUGGUGGCGCAGUGGUUGAGAGUCCGCCUGCCGAUGCAGGGGACACGGGUUCGUGCCCUAGUCCGGGAAGAUCCCACAUGCCGCAGAGCGGCUGGGACCAUGAGCCAUGGCCACUGGGCCUGCGUGUCUGGAGCCUGUGCUCCGCAAUGGGAGAGGCCACAACAGUGGGAGGCCCGCGUACCUCAAAAAAGAAAAAAAAAAAAAAGAAUGUUACUUAGUUUCUGACUUGUGCAUUUGGAUGAAUGAUAAUUCAUUAAGAUAGGAGCAUUGGAAGAGGAUGAUGUUUGAUUAAGAGGGUGAUUAUUUGGACAUGGUUAGUUUGAGAAACAUUUGAGACAUUCAUACUGAGAGGUUGAGAAACAUUUGGUUAUUUGUGCUUGCGAUCUGGAGAAAAGGUCUUGAGGGGGUGGGGAUCAUUGGCAUAUAUGUCAUAGAUGUGGUGAGCUCUUCUAGAAGAAAGGAGAAUGACAGGAGAAGAAGGGCUAUGACCAACUCCUGAGAACUUCUACCCACCAAUUAAUGGCUGGGUAGAGGAGAAUAAGACAGCAAAGGAAGUUGAGAAGAAGUCAUCAUAGAAGGAUAAAGGAAACCAGGAAAGAGUCGUGUCAGAGAGACCAAAGAAAGAGAACAUUUCAAGAAGGAUGGGUUGUCUAAGCAUGCCAAUGCAACAGAGUUCACAGAUGAUUUAGUCAUGUGUUUGCUUCUUUGACUUAACAACAGCAACUUCAUAAAAGUUGGGCUGACUGACAGUAGAUUGAGGAAUAAAUAUAAGCUAAGGAAAUGAGGAAUACAGGUAUAGACUUCUUGAAGUUUAGCUGUGGAGGGAAAGCAGGAGAGGUAAUUUUUCUAUAUGUCUAACACUUAAGCUAUCACGGUCAAAAAUUUGUAAAAAUCAGCAAAAAAAAUAGCCUUUGUAUCAGCAAAAAAUAACCUUUGUAUCAUGUCAAUAUUACUCUUUGCCUUUAGACCUUCAUUUAUGUAUUAAGAUACUCUUUUUUCCCCCAUAAAAUUUAGUGUAUUUUCUCUUAGUCAUUCCUAAAUAAAAUGGGAAAUAAAAUCAUUACCAUUUUCACAGUAA